CGAUCCCGCCCUGCGCUCCCCCAAAGCCUGCUUCCCCGGCCCCCGGCCCAGGCGCUGCCCGGAGCAGAGUCCGCCGGCCUCGUGCGGGCUGCGCGCGUUCUCCUCUGCAUCCGCGCCCCGCCACCGGCCCCCGGUGCGCCCGGCCGCCUGCGCCCCCAGGAUGUGGUCCAGCCUGAACGAGUGGCUGUGGCAGGAGAGGUUCUGGCUACCACCCAACAACUCAUGGGCUGUACUGGAGGACCGCGAUGGCCUGGUCUACGCCCACCCACAGGACAUGCUGAUGGCCUUGCCCCUGGCGCUGGUCCUGGUGGCCGUGCGCUUCACCUUUGAGAGAUUCGUCGGCCUGCCCCUGAGCCGGUGGCUGGGUGUGCGGAACCAGACCAGGAGGCCGGUGAAGCCCAAUGCCACACUGGAGAAACACUUCCUCAUGGAAGGGCAGAGACCCUCAGAGCCCCAGAUGAACCUCCUAGCCACCCAGUGUGGCCUCACGCUGCGGCAGACCCAAUGCUGGUUCCGGAGACGCCGGAACCAGGACCGGCCCUGCCUGACCAAGAAGUUCUGUGAGGCCAGCUGGAGGUUCACCUUCUAUCUGUGCUCCUUCAUCGGUGGAAUCUCAGUUCUGUACCACGAGUCAUGGCUGUGGACGCCAGUAAUGUGCUGGGACAAUUACCCACAGCAGCCCCUGAAGCCAGCCCUGUACCGCUGGUACCUCCUGGAGCUGAGUUUCUACGUCUCUCUGCUGAUCACACUGCCCUUCGACACCAAGCGCAAGGAUUUCAAGGAGCAGGUGGCGCAUCACUUCGUGACCAUCACCCUGAUCGCCUUCUCCUACAGCGCGAACUUGCUGCGCAUCGGCUCUCUGGUGCUGCUGCUGCACGACUCCUCCGACUACCUGCUGGAGGCCUGUAAGUUGUUCAACUACACGCACUGGCGACGCGUGUGCGAUGCUCUCUUCGUCAUCUUCUCCCUGGUCUUCUGCUACACUCGUCUCGUGCUCUUCCCCACCCAGAUCCUCUAUACCACGUACUAUGAGUCGAUUGCCAGCUCGGGUCCCUUCUUUGGCUACUACUUCUUCAACGCACUUCUGAUGAUGCUACAGUUGCUGCAUGUGUUCUGGUCUUGCCUCAUCCUUCGAAUGAUCUACAGCUUCAUCAAGAAAGGCCAGAUGGAGAAGGAUGUUCGCAGCGACGUGGAGGAGUCGGACUCCAGCGAUGGGGAGGCGGCCCAGGAGUACCGGCAGCUGAAGAACGGGGCGGCUCACCGGCCCGGAGCAGCACCCAGUGAUGGCCCUCGGAGCCGGGCAGCUGGGCGGAUGGCCAACGGGCACACAUCAGCCACGUAGCGGGCCGGGGACUGGCCGCGAGCGGCUGCCCCAGCGCCCAGCAGCUCAGAUUUGUGGGGCGCUGGACUGGGGGCCCUCAGGCCGACUCCGUGGAGACAGGGAGGGCCCCACUGCAGGGGCUGAUGAUCUGUCUCCAGCCCCCUCCGUCUGCCCACCCUCCCUCCUUCCCUGGGGCAACAGGACAGAGCUGUGGGGGGGCAGCCAUGGGACGCUGCAGCCCGCCAGCGCCACCUCCAGGCUGCAGCCUGGCAACUGUGAAGAGCCCCAGCCUGAAAGGGGGUCCAAUAAAACUUGACCAGAGCCAA